GUCAAAUGCACCGUUUGGUACAUUUUCCUAGGCGCGUGUGCAACACGAAACGCCACCUAAUGAUUACUUUUAAAGAGGCGGUUUAUUUCGCGGGUAUUUAUCUCAACUCUCUGUAUUCUUUGUCUUUAUUUACUUUCCUUCUCUCACUGUUCAUAUUUACUUUCCUUCUUUCACUCUCCUUAUUUAAAUCACUGCAACUCUUUGUCCUCUUCAUUUACGCCAUUUAUAAUCAUAGUAUGUGGCCAACCCCAAAACCUCCAAAAUUCCCAAGAAUUAUAGAGACUUCAGAAGAAGGUAUGGAAGCUUUUACCCAUGCACACCCUUUGUGUUCGCAUCAAGAUAUCCUAGUGACCCACAUUUUCUCUAGGGUAAGGUGGGAGGAUCAGUACAAGCUUGAGCUGACUUGUAAGAAAUGGAGGCUUUGGUGGAGACUCAGAACUUAUGGGAGUAGUCCUUAUUUCUGGCUUAAUGAUCGUAGGCACAUUGAGAAGUGGAUAAUAGAUGAUAUUAUCUACAACAAUGGGAGGGACCUCCAUGCUUGGAUCAACAAGGACAUGACUCAGUACUUUGAUGGGUUUCCAUGGUUGUUCAAAGAGGAUUGAAGAUGAAGGAUGUUGGUGUUUUUUUUUUUUUGGGUUGGUUAGGUUUGUUUUGCCUCUGUCAUAGCAGUAGGAGGGUAGAAUGUGACAGCCACUGGCUUUAUUUAGGGUGGUUGUCACUGCUAUGACAGAUUUGUUUUGUUGUUUAUGAAUGCAAGCUCCAAAAAAACUUUAAUAUGUUCUGUAAUUGGUUGGAGCUUGCCAAUUUUUGUACUUGUUACUAUAUAUAUAUAUAUGAAUGGUUUUUAUGCA